GCGGCGGGGCGGAGCGGCGGGGGCCAGGCCGCGGUCCCGGCGGCGAAGCGGAAGAACGGGGCGAAGCCGGGGACCGGGAAGCUCUCGCCUUCUGCGAGCGGCCGCCGCUCGGCAGCUCCCCGCCGGGCAUGCCAGCGCCCGGCCCCGGCGAGGCGGCCUCCCGCGUCAGGGAGGCGGCGGGGAGGGACCCGCUGGCCGCCGACCUGCGCUGCAGCCUCUUCGCCGCCGCGCUGCAGAGCUACAAGCGCGACUCGGCGCUGAGGCCCUUCCCGGGCCGCUACGCCGGCGGCGACACCAAGGACUUCGAGGGGCUGCUUGCAGAUACCAAUGCUCUACCAAGCCUGAAAGAACUUCUGGAGUCUGUUCCAAACACAGAGAAAAGGACCUGGGAUUUGUUUAGUUGGAUUUUCUCAUCUAAGGUCUUCAUGAUACAAAGUACUAAGAAACAGGAGUACGAGAAGAUCCAGGAACUCACAGGGAUGUCUGGGGCUGCGGUUCCUGCUCCGGACUACCUCUUUGAGAUCGUUUAUUGUGAUCAAAUGAACACCAAGUUCACCGAGACCAAGGGAGAGCGGAACCUCAUCUACGCUUUCCAUGGGAGCCGCCUCGAGAACUUCCAUUCCAUACUGCACAACGGCCUGCACUGCCAUUUGAACAGGACGUCUUUGUUUGGUGAAGGUACCUAUCUUACCAGUGACCUGAGCCUGGCUCUCCUUUAUAGCCCUCAUGGUCUUGGUUGGCAGCGAAGUGCGUUGGGCUCUGUCCUUAGCUGUGUAGCUGUUUGCGAGAUCAUUGACCACCCAGAUGUAAAGUGCCAGGUGAAGAAGAAAGAUUCAGAAGAAAUAGAUAGAAAAAGAGCAAGAGUGAAAAACAGUGAAGGGGGUGAUGUACCACAGAAAUACUUCGUUGUCACAAACAAUCAACUUUUACGAGUUAAAUACUUGCUAGUAUAUUCACAGAAACAGCAUAGGAGGACUUCUAGUCAGUCUUCCUGGUUCUACACCCACCGUUUUGCUGUCAUGAUGAUGCUGUACCUACUGCUGCUAAUAGUGAUAGGGGCCAGCAGCUCUCCAACCUUCGUCUACUACUGGCACAGAAUGUUUGACUCGGAGAGAUGAUUGCCCAAGAUGAUAAACUGUUAUUUUCACCAUGUGCCUUAAUAAUAGCCAAUCUGAAAUGCACUGCAUCUGUUCCAGACCUCUGGAAAUAAAGGUGCCUGGAGCUUUCCAGUUCUGUCACCAAUAUAUUAUCCUCAUGACAUCUUUCCAUUUAUUCUUAUUUCUGUGUUCCUGUGAUUCAUGAGGAUGCCCAGUACAGCUGAAAAGGAUCACAGUGGUGCAGCUUAGCAUGAACCAAUUGUUAAGGGUCCAUUGGAAAAAGUUAUUUAAAAUUAAUGAAAACUAAAGCAUGGAAACACUCAGGUGUAACUAUUUUCUGUUAAACUGAGGUAUGUUCGCACAAGUUGGAAAGGAGGAUUUUUCUGUAUGUCAGGAAAAGCAACCUGUAGGAAGUUGUAUCUGUUUUCAGAAACUGAAUUUAGUGAUAUUCAGCAUGUAUGAAAUCAGAUGGGAUCACUUUUAAAACUGACUUUGGUUUUGGCCAGGAAUUUUUAUAUUUGAGCAUAAUGAUUGUAAGAAAACAACAAGAAAUAAAACAACAAAAUGGAAGAAGUUAAA